AAUCCCACGUCCAAAACCCUCCAUCCCUUCCCUAUUCCCACUUCCCCUCCGCCUCGUCGGCGCCGGCGCCGCACCACAAUCCGCUCCGCUAUCAGCCGAACCAAGAAGGAAGAAACUGUCGAAACCGUCAAACACCGCCUCCAAGACUGCCACCUCCUCGCCGGCAUCAAAUACAAAGGCCUCACCGUCAAACAGCUCCAAGACCUCCGCAAAUCGUUGCCGGAAAGUACCAAUCUCGUUGUCGCCAAGAACUCGUUGGUCUAUAAAGUGAUUGAGGGCACCCAAUGGGAGGUACUCAAGUCUUGUAUGAAAGGUAAUGUUAAAGGGGUGGGGUGGGUUUCUCUAUUCUUUAUUUUCUGAGCACAUACUAUCAUGUAAUCGUGUGUGAGGUGAAUGAAGUGCAAGUAAUUUCAACCGCC